AGGUGUUCUUAUUAAGCGUGGUUUUAGUGACUGUUAACCACAUGCAUUAUAAUGAUAAACGUCUUGUGUCUAAAGAACCGAAAAUACCGAAGGAGAAAAGGAACGCUCAUGAGGACAAGACGAUUAAGUGUGUAAGAAAUCUGAAAAGUCAAGCACGAGUGUCGCAGUGUAGAGAACCGCCUCGAAGUUUGCAAAGUUGCAGCAGUGUCUUUAACGAGGGAUCCAGUCCAGUGUGCCCACCCUGAAUUUUCCCGGUCACUCUUUCGCGCUUGUCUCCAGGUGCGGGUGCUGAUUCCAUUCUCUCCAUUCCCUCUUUCACUCUUUCAUUCCUUGUUCUCUGUUUUAUUUCUUAAUUGUAUCCUCACCUUUGUGUUGUUCCACCCCCACCCCUUAUUUCCGUCUUUGAAAACGUGGUUAGUGUGACCUUGUCUCCCUAAAACCCCAGCUUACCCGGUGUAAAGUCCCCUGUCAACACCCUUGAAUUUGACCCUUAUCCCCACCCUGGCGACAGGCGAGUGUGGCGGGGAGGGUCAAGGGGGGAAAGUGUUCGCCUCGUUCCUGACUGGACCCUGAACCCUUUAAAAAGUGUGCCUGAUGCUCCUUGUUCGCCCUGGGCCCUUACUGACUCAACUUGGGUCAAAUUUGACUCACCUUGGGACGUUUACACACCCUUGGCCGUUCUUGACUCAGCCUCAGGAAUGUGCCUUAGUUUUCAGCACCUCGCCGACCUUUUUAGUUGUCGGACAGGGCAGCGCCACAACGACAGUGAGGAUGACGUUUCCACGCUCGGCAAGGGGCAAGGCAAGCUCGCCGACGCCACCAGAUUCGAGGACGCAGCGACCCUGCAGUCGGGCUGGUCUCCCCCACAGUACUAUGGCCAAGAGAGCCAAUCCUCGGCGGGCGUUAAGACGCUCAAGGAGGAGAUCAACGUCGCCGAAACCGAGCGCGCCAAGAUGGGCCGCCAGGCGGUGAAAGAAAACGGAAGCGCUCACGAAGGGGUAGAGGGGGAAACUGUAGAAAACAUUGUCGCGCUUGAGAAGAAAGAGAAGGCUGACUUGAUCGUGAGCGAGAGCGUGGUGCUCAAGGAUUCCUCGAAGGAGAAGGACCAGGAAAAGAAGCCAGAUGGUACGAGUUACUAUGCCUCCGUGAGCAGCACCACCAGCGUCGUCAGCAGCAGACUGGACGACCUGAGAGGCGGAAGGAAGCCGUGGGGCCAGUCCAAGGAGACGACGGAGGAAGUGAACAUCAAGCUGAAGGAGUCCAUCUCGGGCGGGCAGACGACCACGACGGCGGCAACAUCGCUGGCAACGACGGUGACCGCGGAAGUCCCCGAAAAAAGAGAUUUUCGAAAAGAAUUCGAAGAGAGACGAGAGAGGAGGCGGCAACAGAGAGAAGCAGAGGAGGAAGAGGAGAGAGCGAGAAUCGCGAGAAGAGAAGAAAGCCGGAGGAAGAGGGAGGAAGCGAGUGAGUUAAGAAGAAAAGAGGAACUCGAGAAUAGAAAGAGAGAAGAGGCAAAGAGAGAAGAGGCAAGAAGAUUAAGAAAGGAGAGAAGUGAGGAGAGAGCGAGGGAAAAGAGUGAAGACCGAAAGAGUGAAGGGGAGAGAGAAAGAAGCAAGGAAAGACGAGGAGAGCGAGAGAGAGAAGGCAGUAAGGAGAGGCAAGAUGUGGAGAGAGAAAGUAGCAAGGAGAGACUCUUGGAGGGAGAAAGAGAGAGGAGUAAGGACCUCAGGAGAGAGGUCAGGCCGAGAGAAAGGAGCGGGGAAGGAAAAGACAGAUACAGAAGAGAAGAGAGAGCAAGAGAGAGUAGCGAGGAGAAGGUGAGAUCGCCCCGAAGGGAGAAGGAGACCAAAGCUAAGGAGGCGAAAGAAGAAAUCAAGAGAGAGGAAGAAGAGGAAGAGGCAAAGGAGACAGAAGAGGUAAAAGAAACGCCCGCCAAGGAUACGGAUGAGGAAGAGCUCGCCCUCGCCCCCUCAGAGGUGCCGCCCCCUGCCAUCCCUGCCGUUACCGAGGACACUCCCCCCGCCCAGGCAGCUGCGGAGCCCGUCGACGCCGCCGCUCCCGAGAGCGAGAAGGGCGCGGGAGGCGACGCGGAGACCGUGGUGGUGGGCGGAGUCGUGAGUGCUCUGAAGGCGGAGACCGUGUACGUUUCGAGUAGCGAGGACCUUUCCCUCCACGACGACUCGAGGCGCGACCUCUCCAUCCUCGAGGAUCCCAAAGGAGACCUCGCGCUCCUGGACGAGGCCCAGGGCGAACUCUCCCGCCAGGAGGACUCCGAAGCCAGUCCUCCCGAGCCAAUACCCGAGGUGGAAGUGAUCGUCUCGACGGUUGAGGACGAGAGCGAACUUCCGGAGGCGCAGCAGGAGGCAGCCAAGGAAGAAGUGGGAGAGCAGUUGAGAGAAGGCACAGAAGAGGAGGAGAAGGAGGCACAGGAGGAAGCUAACGAGAAACAGGAGCAGGAAGGCGAGUCCCCUGUGAAGAGACAGCUGUUUCCCGAUGUGGUGUCCGAGUGCGAGGGGCGAGAGGCGGAUCCUCCUGUGAAAAGGGAGGGCUUCCGACCCAAGUGGGCGGAGCCAGGAGCGCCACUGCCUGAAGAGGCGGUCAUCGCCGAGAUGGAGGUCGAGGGAAGGGUUGAGGCGGCCGAGCUGACUGAAGUGAUCUCGCCCCCUCUCAGUCCACGGGCGCAGUCACUGGCCGCGCUAGAUGCCCUCAUCCACGGCCACCCACAAGGCGUGAACGCCCACGAUCAAGCGCCGCCCACCAGCCCAAGCGCCGCUCUAGAGCCGCCCCCGCCGAUCCUAGACGAGGAGGAGGAGAUCGUGUACGACCACACCGUCACUUCGGCGCAGCACAAACUGCAGGUGAGUGCCCCUGACGUCACGCGCGGGAGUGACGUCACGUCAUGUUUGCCUGGCGGAUGACGUCACAGUAGUGUC